UCCGGAUGAUAUGUGACGACACAACUAUGCGCCACGAUUGGUUUGACAUACAGCACCCCUGUGGCACAGGAUCACACAGUGUUCGAGUAGGUUAGUGGCAGAUGGUGCAUGUUUAUAUGUGGAUUCCUAUAAGAACUUUACAUCAUUAUUGGCUGCGUUAGGUUACUUCCUUAGCUUUAGCUUGUUGUCACGGUGCACAGAAUAUAGCACCAUAAGUUGCUAGCUCGUUGCACUGAUAACAUAGCAAGGACAGUCAUGGCUUACACACAGAUACUGAGAACCCUACAUCGGAGUUUGCAGUACUCGGCCUCGCAUCACUACACGGUACACACGUGUAAACUCAUGCAGGUUAGCUUGUUGAUCCGCGCACACAGGACCGCGUCGACCCCGUCCUCCACACCGAGCUUCCACAGCCGAGCCGGGCCCGCUCUGCCCGCUCUGCCCGCUCUGAGCUGCCUCGCACGGCGGAGUGUCCAUGUGGACCUCCCGGCCAGAAACCGGAGCAGCCCCGAGGACAGAGACAAAUCCGUGUCCCGGUUUCAGAGCCCGACACCUUCAGCUUCUCAGAAAGUUAAGGAUGCUGGCAGAGACUUCACCUACUUGAUAGUUGUACUCAUAGGACUUGGAGUGACAGGUGGCCUCUUAUAUGUGGUGUUCCAGGAGCUGUUUUCUUCCUCCAGUCCAAAUAAAGUCUAUGGGAAAGCCUUCGACAAAGUCAAGUCACACCCAGAGGUGAUCGGUGCAUUCGGGGAGCCGAUCAAAUGUUAUGGUGAGACCACACGUCGAGGAAGGAGACAGCAAGUCAGUCACACGGAGUACCUGAAGGACGGACUGAAGCAUAUGAGACUAAGGUUUUACAUCGAAGGCUCAGAACCAGGUCUCAAAGGAACUGUACAUUCAGAGUCAAAAGAGAACAAUGAAACAGGUAGAUACGAGUUUCGAUACAUAUUUGUGGAUGUGGACACGUACCCAAGACGGACGAUCAUUCUGGACGAUAACCGAUAAGAGAAGAUGUUGGACUCGCUGAACAAAUGUGGAUAAUGUGUUUAAGGUUUGUGUUAUUGGAAAAAAAGCUAUGGGUGUAAACUGUAAUUUACGAAUAAAACGUGUUAUGUUAAAUAUCAACAGUUGUUAUUGAUUGAUACUUUGCUGCAACAGUGUUCUGGUUAGAAUUUGAUGAAGAG